AUGGCGGAUGAAGUCGAAGRAAAAGAAGAUGAGAAAAUUACUUUAUUUUCUGAUGGAAAUCGCGAAGUUUUUGUUUGGAACGCUGAGGAUGUUUUUAAGCUUAGAUCAAACUAUCGUAUAAUUGGCUCUCUAGUUGGUUCUCUUCCAAGAAAACCCAAACAGAAUGUAUGUUUGUCUUUGCCAUUGCUUUUGUCAGAAGACGAAACAACUUUGCUUUUACAGAAGAACUUAGCACGCCUUGUGRAAAGUCAAACAAAUCUUCCAUUUCCUUCUCAAGAAGAAGUAAAGGUAUUUCAUGAACUUAGAGAACAAAGCAUUAAGGAACAAAUCGAACUUUUUAGUGAAGAAAACAAAGAGAAAGAAAAAGAAAUGAGAGAUUAUAUUGAGGACGCAAGGAAAAGGAAGAAACGAAAAGGAAGGAAAAGACGUAUGGCAGAUAACGAGCAUAUACUAAAACCAGAGAAAUUCCCCAAAACAGAGGAUAGUGAAGAUCUYUUUCAUGAUAACAUUAGGACACAAGGGAAUGUGCUGCCAGAUACAAUUUCCAUUGAACRUGUAGGCAYUACUAAAGCAAACUUUCCAAAAAAAWUUGAUGAGAAUACUGUUAGAGAUGUGRCAMAAAAAGAAAGUCAKKUUUUAACUGCUGAUUCACUAUGCCCAGAWGACAUUCCAACCUCAKUUGACUCUGAAAUGACUUCUGCUACAGAUAAGAAGUCACACAACACCUCAAAAACUUCAGAAGCACAAGACAUAGCUCAAAAAGAAAAARCUUGUGUUAUACAAAUACCAACAAAAAUGCCAACAUGCAAAAUAAAUGAUCUACCAAUACAACAAUGGCAUUAUCCUACAACAGAACAAGAACAAAUUAAGUUCAAAAUYUUUAAAGAUUUGUGGGAAMAAGGAUAUUAUCUCACUUCAGGCUCAAAGUUUGGUGGUGAUUUUCUAGCCUAUCCCGGGGAUCCUUUCAAAUUUCAUUCAUUUUUUGUCGUCAUGGUAAUACCACAAUCUAAGAUGAUUGGAAUGCUAGAUUUGAUAGCAAUUGGACGAUUGGCUGCUACUGUGAAGAAGACGGCUGUGUUAGGUACAGUAGAUAGUAAUGGCGACGUUGUUUAUACAUCAAUCAAAUGGAGUGGAAUAAGUUAAGAGGUAAUUUUUGAAUGGUACAUGGAUGAGUUUUUAUAUUGUACAGAGUAGACAUACCAAAUUUGUGAAAUGAAUAGUACUUAUUUCUACUAAAUAGYGUUGACUAGACAAUAGAAGACAAAGAAAUUAGCUUAAYUUUGUCUAYAUUCUUUUGUACUAUUAAGUUCACAAAUUAAUUGCAUUCACUCCACUAUUGGCACAUGAUCAAUAAUAUAAUAUAAUAAUGUAAUUUAAGUCAAARCAGAGACAUUGUAUGUGUACUCACACAUUGUAAGAACACGAAGAAUAAUGCUCCAAGAAUUAUGGUCAUGGGAAUCAGGGUAAAGGUCACUCUUUCCAACAUUUUAGUAUUUGAAUGUAUAGUUGUAGUUUGCUCAUUCAUUGUUAUAUCAAUAACUUCAACACCAAAGUCUCACAUUUUUUAUUUCAAAAAGUCUCUAAAAUCAAUAAUUAUAUAUAAAAGUCUGUAAUCAUA